GCCGGGGAUCUCGGGAUCCUUCCUCACUGGACUAUGUUCUGGCGGAUUACCACAUGUGUGCGGGCAGUGGAUCGUGUGGACGGGGCUCUAGGGUCAGGAUGCUGCUAGGAUAAUGGCGAGAGACUGCACGGAGAGCCGCUUCAGGGAGGUGCUGGAGGGCUUCGGGGGUCCUCAGCAAGUCCUGCUGGUCGGGGAGCUGUGGGAGCGGGCGGAGAGCCGGGCUCUGCUGGAGAACUUUCUGCGGGAGCUCUUCCCGGCCGAGCUAGGGAACGGAGGAGAUAUAUUUACACAGGGGGCCUCACAGCAUGGAGCCCCGAAGCCUGACAACCACUGCAAGGGGGAGAAACCGGCACCAGACCGGCCGCAGCCUCCCCGCAACCGGACUGUUCACUUCGGGCUGGUAUUCUUCCUGUGCCGCCCGGAAUCGCUGGUACUCCCGGCAUCUCAGCGGCAGCUGCGGGAAAUACUGAGGGAUAUCCGUAAGCGCCUGCCUGCAGGGGGCGCUGUGGUCGGGGUGGUGAUGCUGCCCGGCAGUAAGUUGAAUGGCCCGGUGUGUGCCGGGUCUGCGGUGUCCGCUCUGCUCUCCCUGCUCCGCGACGUCUUCCCGCUGACGGCUGAAGUCCGGGCCGCGGCGCUCACACCGGGACACGAGGAGAGCCGGCGACAGCUCCAGAUGGCGGCGUGCGAGGCGCUCACUGCGGCAGAAGUUACGAAGGAAUUACUAGCAGUCUGCAAUGAAGGCUCAGAUGGGUUGACGUUUCCAUUCCUCCCCCCAGAUGAACUAAGGAGAAAGAAGCCAAACGUGAAGUCCAGAUGCUUCUCAUGGAGGAGGUGGAGGCAGGAGGACGCUGCCCAGAAAGAGCACCUGGAGGAAGGAACAGCCUUGACUGUCUUGAGCCAUCCCAAUGGAGAUUGUGCAGAGUCUACGGCUGACCCCUGAGAUCUCUGCCGGGAAUAACCAGGAACUUUGAAUGAAGAACUGUCCCCUUUCAGGAAUCUACGUUCCUAGCUUGUCUUGAUGGCCCAUAGGGCAUGGACUAUGACAAUACUGCAGUAAUAGACACUGAAUUGUAUGUGGACAAUGACCCCUAUUUUCCGUUACAGACCACCAACUGCAAUUUUUGUAUAAAUAUAUAAUAAAUUAAGAAAGCAAUGCAUAUGAAACCCCUGCUUCA